AUGGAUACAGUAGCAGCAUUGACAGCUGACAAGCCAGUGGUGAUAUUCAGCAAGAGCAGUUGUUGCAUGGGACAUUCUGCGAAAGCUCUGAUAAGCAGUUUUGGUGCCAACCCUAUAGUUAUUGAGAUUGACAAAAUGGUAAAUGGUGAUGAGAUAGAGAGGUCACUGAUUCAACUAGGUUGUAGACCAAGUGUACCAGCAGUUUUCAUAGGACAACAAUAUAUAGGUGGUGUUAAUCAAGUCAUUAGCCUCAAUGUCCAAAACAAACUUGCGCAGUUGCUUUUAAAGGCUAGAGCUAUUUUUAUUUGGGGUCCAAUAGCUCCAUGA